AUGAUAAAUGGAUGCCUGCUAUCUAUCUAUCUAUCUAUCUAUCUAUCUAUCUAUCUAUCUAUCUAUCUAUCAAUUCCUUCAUUCCUAUCUCGCUCUCUUCAUUAUCUAUCUAUCUAUCUAUCUAUCUAUCUAUCUAUCUAUCUAUCUAUCUAUGAUCUUCCUGUCAUCGAUGUCACAAUACAGACAAGACGAUGGCAAUAUUUUUGUCUUUCUUUCUCUCUUGCUCACAACCAUUACUCUGGUUUUACUUUUCUUUUUAUCUCUUUGCCUCUCACACUUGUAAAUUCUUUCUUUCUUUUUCUUUCUUUCUUUCUUUCUUUCUCACUUUAUUUCUUUCUCUCUGUGUGUUUCUUUUUUCUUUCUUUCUUUCUUUCUUUCUCUCUUUCUUUCUCACUUUAUUUUUUCUCUCUGUGUGUAUUUCUUUCUUUCUCUCUUUAUUUCUUUCUCUCUGUGUGUAUUUCUUUCUUUCUUUCUUUCUCUCUUUCUUUCUCACUUUAUUUCUUUCUCUCUGUGUGUAUUUCUUUCUUUCUUUCUCACUUUAUUUCUUUCUCUGUGUGUGUAUUUCUUUCUUUCUUUCUUUCUCUCUUUCUUUCUCACUUUAUUUCUUUCUCUCUGUGUGUAUUUCUUUCUUUCUUUCUUUCUUUCUCACUUUAUUUCUUUCUCUCUGUGUGUAUUUCUUUCUUUCUUUCUUUCUCUCUUUCUUUCUCACUUUAUUUCUUUCUCUCUGUGUGUAUUUCUUUCUUUCUUUCUCUCUUUCUUUCUCACUUUAUUUCUUUCUCUCUGUGUGUAUUUCUUUCUUUCUUUCUCUCUUUCUUUCUCACUUUAUUUCUUUCUCUCUGUGUGUAUUUCUUUCUUUCUUUCUUUCUUUCUCUCUUUCUUUCUCACUUUAUUUCUUUCUCUCUGUGUGUAUUUCUUUCUUUCUUUCUUUCUCUCUUUCUUUCUCACUUUAUUUCUUUCUCUCUGUGUGUAUUUCUUUCUUUCUUUCUUUCUCUCUUUCUUUCUCACUUUAUUUCUUUCUCUCUGUGUGUAUUUCUUUCUUUCUUUCUUUCUUUCUUUCUUUCUCACUUAUUUCUUUCUCUCUGUGUGUAUUUCUUUCUUUCUUUCUUUCUCUUUUCUCACUUUAUUUCUUUUCUCUCUGUGUGUAUUUCUUUCUUUCUUUCUUUCUUUCUUUCUUUCUCUCUUUCUUUCUCACUUUAUUUCUUUCUCUCUGUGUGUAUUUCUUUCUUUCUUUCUUUCUUUCUUUCUUUCUCUCUUUCUUUCUCACUUUAUUUCUUUCUCUCUGUGUGUAUUUCUUUCUUUCUUUCUUUCUUUCUCACUUCAUUUCUUUCUCUCUGUGUGUAUUUCUUUCUUUCUUUCUUUCUCUCUUUCUUUCUCACUUUAUUUCUUUCUCUCUGUGUGUAUUUCUAUCUUUCUUUCUUUCUCUCUUUCUUUCUCACUUUAUUUCUUUCUCUCUGUGUGUAUUUCUUUCUUUCUUUCUCUCUUUCUUUCUCACUUUAUUUUCUUUCUCUCUGUGUAUUUCUUUCUUUCUUUCUCUCUUUCUUUCUCCUUUAUUUCUUUCUCUCUGUGUGUAUUUCUUUCUUUCUUUUCUUUCUUUUCUUUCUUUCUCUCUUUCUUUCUUUAUUUCUUUCUCUCUGUGUGUUUUCUUUCUUUCUUUCUUUCUUUCUUUCUUUCUCACUUUAUUUCUUUCUCUCUGUGUGUAUUUCUUUCUUUCUUUCUUUCUCUCUUUCUCACUUUAUUUCUUUCGCUCUGUGUGUAUUUCUUUCUUUCUUUCUUUCUUUCUUUCUCACUUUAUUUCUUUCUCUCUGUGUGUAUUUCUUUCUUUCUUUCUCUCUUUCUUUCUCACUUUAUUUCUUUCUCUCUGUGUGUAUUUCUUUCUUUCUUUCUUUUCUCUCUUUCUUUCUCACUUUAUUUCUUUCUCUCUGUGUGUAUUUCUUUCUUUCUUUCUUUCUUUCUCUCUUUCUUUCUCACUUUAUUUCUUUCUCUCUGUGUGUAUUUCUUUCUUUCUUUCUUUCUUUCUUUCUCUCUUUCUUUCUCACUUUAUUUCUUUCUCUCUGUGUGUAUUUCUUUCUUUCUUUCUUUCUCACUUCAUUUCUUUCUCUCUGUGUGUAUUUCUUUCUUUCUUUCUUUCUCUCUUUCUUUCUCACUUUAUUUCUUUCUCUCUGUGUGUUUUCUUUCUUUUCUUUCUUUCUCUUCUUCUUUCUCACUUUCUUUCUUUCUCUCUGUGUAUUUCUUUCUUUCUUUCUCUCUUUCUUUCUCCCUUUAUUUCUUUCUCUCUGUGUGUAUUUCUUUCUUUCUUUCUCUCUUUCUUUCUCACUUUAUUUCUUUCUCUGUGUGUAUUUCUUUCUUUCUUUCUUUCUCUCUUUCUUUCUCACUUUAUUUCUUUCUCUCUGUGUGUAUUUCUUUCUUUCUUUCUUUCUUUCUUUCUUUCUUUCUUUCUUCGUUAGAUACUUUUCUGAUCAUCACUUUCCUUUUGUUUUCGUUCUAAAAAAGAAAGGACUUAUAAUUUUUCUUUCUUUCAUCACAUGUAUUCAUUCUUUCUUUCUGAUAUUAUUUAAGUCCCUACUCUCUCAUUAA